GCCAUGGCCGGGGCAGGGGGCUCAGCGCGCCGGCUGCUCCGGCCCCGCCGGCAGCGGGGCGGCGAGGAGGCACCGGGAGAGCAUCUGGCCUGUCAGGGAAAAGCCGAGGAGGAGCGGCAAAGUGCAGAGCUGCUGAAACAGACUGAAGCUGAGAGGCAGAAGAUUGUUGCGGAGUGGAAGGAGCUGCGAGGGUUCCUGGAGGAGCAGGAGCAGCUCCUGCUGUCCCAGCUGGAGGAGCUAGCCAGAGCCAUUGUCAGGAGAAGGGACGAGGGCGUCUCCAGACCGUCCGGGGAGAUUUCCCUGAUCGGAGAGGAGGGGCAGCAGCAGUCGAGGAGCCAAACCCCGCAGGGUGCUGGACACACUGAGAGCAGCAGGGAGGAUGGGCCGUUUCAGAAGCCAGAGCCGGGGUUUGCGGAGCUGGAGAAGAGACUCAGCGAUUUCUCUCUGAAAAGUGCCAUCCUGCAGGAGGUGCUGCUGGGAUUCAAAGAGACUCUGCGGCUGGAGCUGGAGCACCACACAGGGUUUCCAGUUUCCAAACCUGCUGAUGUCUCCCAGCUGGAACAAGGGGAAGAUCCAUGGGUCCUGGGUCUCCAGGGCUCAGAGGAAAGAGAGAUCCAGGGAGGUGCCUGCCAGGCAGGUGAAGGGGCAGUAAGUAAGAGCAAGGAGGAGAAUCCUCAGCAGAAAGAUCACGAGCUAGUGGAACCACCCGGGAUGUUUUCAGAAAGAUUUAAAGGGAACGUUCACUGGAGUCGUGAGCGGAGAAAAAGUCAUGAGAGUCAGCAGAGAAAUCAGCCAGGGGAUUGUCGGGGAAGUGGCAAGGAUCUCCAGGAAACCACAACCCAGCAGAGAAUCCCCCCAGGAGAGAGAAAAAACACCUGCACCGAGUGUGAGAAAACCUUCAGUAGUCGCUCCAACCUUAUUACACACUGGAGAAUCCACACAGGAAAUAGACCCUAUAAAUGCUCAGAGUGCGGGAAAAGCUUCAAUCAGCGUUCAAACCUUAUUAAACAUUGGAGGAUCCACACAGGAAAUAGACCCUUUAAAUGCCACGACUGUGGGAAAAGUUUCACUGACAGCUCGAACCUUACUCAGCAUCAGAGAACCCACGUGGGGGAGAGACCCUAUAGAUGCUCAGAGUGCGGGAAAAGCUUCACUCGGAGCUCAGACCUUAUCAGACAUGAGACAAUCCACACAGGAGACAGACCUUUUAAAUGCUCCAAGUGUGGGAAAAGUUUCAACGACCGCUCCAACCUUAUUACACAUCAGAGAACCCACAUGGGGGAGAGACCUUAUAGAUGCUCCGAGUGCGGGAAAAGCUUCAGUGUGAGCUCCAGCCUGAUUACACAUUGGAGAAUCCAUACAGGAGAGCGACCCUAUGAAUGCUGCGAGUGCGGGAAAAGCUUCACUCGGAGCUCAGACCUGAUCAGACACGAGACAAUCCAUACAGGAGACAGACCCUUUAAAUGCUCCAAGUGUGGGAAAAGCUUCAAUGACCGAUCAAACCUUAUUAGGCAUCAGAGGAUCCACAAAGGACAGUAAACUCAUUGACUUGGGCUGGCCAAAGAUGCUUUUGCUAAUUCCCACAGAGACCUUUAAGGCUGUUUGCACCACCUGUGUCACCGCGUGCUCUGAGCUGCCCCACUUCUGCAGCUCUCACCCUUCUUAGGGGUGAAUCCUGGGGCCCCUUCUAUCAGUUCCUUUGUCCUGGUAGUGGAGGGGAUGAUGUCCCCCAUCUGCCAGGAAUGUCCAUCAGCCCCAGGUGGGGAGAUAGCGGUGACCUCGACUAACUACGUUGAGAUGUAGUCUGCCUAGGCCAUGUCUCCACUAGGAUUUUUCAU